UUUUUUUUUAUCAAAAUCAAAUGUUUUCAUAAUUCUAUAUCAGUAGAAGUAUUUAUAUAAAUAACCCAUAAGAAUAAAUACUUAUAUAUACUUUUUGGGAUCAGUGUGAUUCCAAGAUCUCAUUUUUUAGACACUCUCAUGGCCAGUGCUACUUCAUUGUUUUUACUUGCUUUUUGUUUCACAUUUUCUGGUCUUGGAAAUUGUGGGUAUUUAUUGGAUCAGCAAAAAGAUAAGAUUUUGCAACUUCCUGGGCAGCCACCAAAUGUUGAUUUUAACCAGUACUCAGGCUAUGUUACUGUGAAUCAACAAUCUGGGAGGUCAUUGUUUUAUUGGUUGACUGAGUCACCUGCAAACCGUGAUCCAGAAUCUAGGCCACUUUUGUUAUGGCUCAAUGGUGGUCCUGGCUGUUCUUCUGUAGCUUUUGGUGCUGCUGAAGAAAUUGGUCCUUUGCAUAUAAAUGCUGAUGGAAAGACACUUUACAAAAAUGCUUAUUCUUGGAACAAAUUGGCAAAUUUGCUGUUUCUUGAAUCACCAGUUGGCGUUGGUUAUUCAUAUACAAACACUACAUCAGAUUUGUAUACUUUUGGUGAUGCAAAAACAGCUGAAGAUUCAUAUGAAUUUCUUAUCAAUUGGUUUGAAAGAUUCCCUCAAUACAAGCAUAGAGAUUUUUACAUUGCUGGAGAGAGUUAUGCAGGUCAUUAUGUUCCUCAAUUGUCUCAAAUCAUUUACAAAAGAAACACAGGGGUGAAGAAUCCGGUUAUUAACUUCAAGGGAUUUAUGGUAGGAAAUGCUGUUACUGACGAUUACAAUGAUUAUGUUGGCACAUUCGAGUAUUGGUGGACCCACGGAUUAAUUUCAGAUUCUACUUAUAAAGCUUUACAAGCAGCAUGCGAAGGAAGCUCCUCUGAGCAUCCACCUAUUGAGUGCGUUAGUGCUUUACGUAGUGCAGAAGCCGAACAGGGAAAUAUUGAUCCGUAUAGUAUAUAUACAAAGCCUUGCACCUACAGUUCGUCACUAAAGCUUAGAGGACGUUAUCCAUGGAGGCGUGGAGCAUAUGAUCCAUGUACUGAGAAUUAUGCAAAUCAGUACUUUAAUCUUCCUGAAGUUCAAAAGGCGUUUCAUGCCAACAUAACUAAGCUUUCAUAUCCAUGGAAAACUUGCAGUGAUAUUGUUGGCGAGUAUUGGACAGACUCCCCACUGUCAAUGCUUCCCAUCUACAAGGAACUCAUAACGGCUGGUUUAAGGAUUUGGGUAUUCAGUGGUGAUACGGAUUCAGUUGUUCCCCUUACCGCAACAAGAUACUCCAUUGAUGCAUUAAAUCUUUCCACAAUUGCCAAUUGGUAUGCCUGGUAUGAUAAUGACAAGGUUGCGGGGUGGAGCCAAAUAUAUAAAGGGCUGUCAUUUGUGACAGUAACGGGUGCAGGACACGAAGUGCCACUGCAUCGUCCAAGACAAGCUUUUAUACUUUUCAGAUCAUUUCUGGAGAAUAAGGCAAUGCCAGGAAACCAAAAUUCCAUUUAGGUUUGAUUUACUUGUUGCUAAGAAGUAAAAAACAUAUAGAAAGGUCAUUAUUUCAAGGGGUUAUAGAAAAAGAAAGAAAUAAGGAGAUACCCCUAAAUUCUUGCUUCUAAACGAUUAUCAUUUGUUGUAUGUUCCCUAAUUGAUCAACAUUAGAUUCUUGCCACAACGGAAAAAAACUGUGAUUAUUAUAGUAAUAUAGAUUAGUUUAAACUUGUUCAAUGUAAUUUUCAUAAAUUAUAUACACAACUUUUGUUUAUGGUUA